UGGAAGCAAAGAGCCUGCAGACAGAGCCCUCUAAAGUGCUUUUCAGGCUCUACUGGGGGAGAUCACAUCUCAGAAGGUAGAAAGAAGCCGAUUCUGCCACUUUGUUUCCAGUUCUGAAGCCUUGGCUCUUGCCAACCAGAUCCCAGAUCAUGUCAGUGGCUCAAGAUGCUGCACUCAGGGAGAACCUAUUCCACAGCCUUCAGGAGGAGCAAACAAGACUAAAGAUGAGACUGCAGGAACUACAGCAACUGAAAAGGGAGCUCAGGAACUUCCCCCAAGUCCAGGACCCAUUCCCAAUGCCUGAAGUCCCCCUGGUGUUCCGAGGACACACUCAGCAGAACAGGGAAGUGCCCAAGUCUGUGGUUUCCAACCUGCAGAUCUGCUACCCUCUGCCUGGAGGCUCUGCUCUGGUCACCUUCGAUGACCCCAAGGUGGCCAACCAGGUGCUACAACAAAAGGAGCAUAAGAUUGACCUGGAAGAGUGCCGGCUGCGGGUGCAGGUCCAGCCCUUGGAGCUACCCAUGGUGACAACCAUCCAGGUAUCCAGCCAGAAGAGUAGCCGGAGAGUGCUGGUCAGUGGGUUUCCUGCUAAUCUCAAGCUGAAUGAGGAGGAGCUGCUGGACAAGCUGGAGAUCUUCUUUGGCAAGACCAAGAACGGGGGUGGUGAUGUGGAGACUCGGGAGCUGCUGCAUGGGGGUGUCAUGCUGGGCUUCGCUAAGGAUGAAGUGGCCCAGAACCUGUGCCGGAUUGGCCAGUUCACGGUGCCCCUGGGCGGGCAGCAGUUCCCUCUGCAAGUCUCUCCCUACAUGAGUGGAGAGAUUCAGAAGGCAGAGAUCAGGUCCCAGCCAGUGCCCAAGUCAGUGCUGGUGCUCAACAUUCCUGAUGUCCUGGAUGGCCCAGAGCUGCAGGACAUCCUGCAGAUCCACUUCCAGAAGCCCACCCGUGGGGGAGGGGAGGUGGAGACCCUGACAGUCGUGCCCCCAGGAGAGCGAGGUCUGGCGAUCUUCACUGCCCAAUCCAGCUAGGAGCCUGCCCUUCUCAUCACCCUCCAAUCCUCUGCCAAGGUUCUCAAACUGGGCUGGGGUCCGGUGCAUGUGGAUGAAUGUGAUCAUGCUAAUCAACAGAGGGCAGGAUUCUGAGUUGUGAAACGCCGUCUCAGAACAGUAAAAGUGCCUGCAUGGCGUGAUCU